GAUUACGACAUUCUACACAAUAGGGAUGGUUCGGCUCAUAGUCAACCAGUCCCGAUAGAGCGGUAAAGGUUAAACGGUACCGAUUAAUUUCUAUGGAAAGAACGAUGAUGAUGGUGAUGAUGAUGGUGAUGAUGAUGAUGAUGAUGAUGAUGAUGAUGAUUUGGUGUUGAUAAUGAUAAUAUGGUGAGGAUAAUGGGAGGAUGAGAAUGCCAUACACACGACUAUACCCAUAUUAUACAACUAAUUCCUCCACCCAUCUCACACAAUCUUCAAGCUUCAAUCUUCUGAAAAAAUGCCCCGGCAAAUUAACAUUCAAUUCAUGCAAUUACUCUAAAUAAAAAUCAUACAGGGACAUUCAUUAUCCUUCGUGUCCUCUCCUUGGAAGAUCCAGCAACUUCCAUUUGCCUUGUCCCAGAAUGGCUAUUCUUUCAUUUUCAUCCGUGGUUAUAGCAGCUACCUUGAUUAUUAUCACCACUGCCUUUGUAAGAUCGUUUCCAAUCUUCUACAAUCAUGUACUGACUUGAAACAAUGUAGCUUCGACUUCUGUAUGUGGUCUCGCCAGACUCUCGACGCCCUCCGACCAAAAAGAAAGAUGAGCCUUCUCAUAUGGUGGUAGUUCUUGGUUCUGGUGGUCAUACCGCAGAGAUGAUAUCUCUUCUUCGCGAUACAAAUGCCGCAAGAUACAAACAUAGAACAUACAUCAUAUCUGCGGGGGAUAACUUUUCUUCUACCAAGGCGCAAGAUUGUGAGGAGCGUAUACAAUCGAAACUUCGACCUUCUUUACCAUGUACCAAAUCUGGCGAGUUUGAUUCUACCACGGGCAUCUGGGAUCUCAUAGUAGUUCCACGAGCGAGGGAGAUACAUCAACCACUUUACACUGCGCCAAUUUCAUCCUUCUGGUGUAUGCUAGGAUGUCUCAAAGCACUGUACACAAUUUCGAUGACCAGCACAAUACAUCAGCAAUAUCCAGAUAUACUUAUUACAAACGGUCCUGCUACAGCUGUCAUUAUGAUUCUGGCUAGCUUUUUACUCAAAUUUCUCGGGCUCGCCCCAAUAUGGAAGAUGCAAACGAUUUAUGUGGAAAGUUGGGCGAGGGUGAAGACUUUAAGUCUAAGUGGAAAGAUUUUAUUAUGGCUAGGUAUCUAUGAUCGAUUUCUCGUUCAGUGGGAAGGAUUGGCUAAACAGCUAAAUGGGGACGAUGCUCGAAAGAGGGUGGAAUGGAGGGGCUUUUUGGUACAUUAGCAUAAUGCCAAAAUAUUAUCUGCAUACCACAAGAUCUAUCCAAGCUCCAGGAGUCCAACUGUGAGCAAUGCGAUUGAUCAACACAGCAGUAGCAGUGACCCGUCCUGUCGCAUUAAUGACCUCUCG